CACCCCGGGAAGAAGACCACCGAGUGAUUAUCUCAACUGAGGGACGGAGGAAUUCUGCACGCAGGGACACCAGAGGUGGUCUAGCUUUGAAACUGCUCUAGCAAGCAUAAUGCUACUAUUCCUGCAGAACUGAAGAAGCAUGGGAUCUGAAGAGUACAAUCCUAAAUAAAUGAAUUGCUCAAUCUCCUGUAAUCAUCUAUACAUACAGCAUCUUCAAAAAGUACAUCAAUAUUCUAUCAUUAAAGAACCAGUGACCUUCUUUUCUCUAAUAUGCACGACAUUUUUGGCCAAUGCAAUCGUGGCGUUCACAUGUAUCUCCAUGAAGAAAAACUCUGCAGUUCUUUGGCAUUCAUCAUUUGACAAAUGCAAGUAUUUUCUGUAUCAUUCAGCUCUUACUGAACUUACUAGCAGUGACUGUGGAAUCCUUAAGGGCCCAUUACAUUUCUGAAGAGGAAAGCUAAGAUGAAGGACAUGCCACUCCGAAUUCAUGUGCUACUUGGCCUAGCUAUCACUACACUAGUACAAGCGGUAGAUAAAAAGGUGGACUGCCCACAACUAUGUACGUGUGAAAUCAGGCCUUGGUUUACACCCAGAUCUAUGUAUAUGGAAGCAUCUACAGUGGAUUGUAAUGAUUUAGGUCUUUUAAAUUUCCCAGCCAGAUUGCCUGCUGACACACAGAUCCUGCUCCUACAGACUAACAACAUUGCAAAAAUUGAGUAUUCCAUAGACUUUCCAGUCAACCUUACAGGCCUGGAUUUAUCUCAGAACAAUUUAUCUUCUGUCACCAACAUUAAUGUAAAAAAGAUGUCUCAGCUUCUUUCUGUGUACCUGGAGGAAAAUAAGCUCAUUGAACUACCUGAAAAAUGUCUGUCUGGUCUGAACAGCUUACAAGAACUCUAUAUUAAUCACAACUUGCUUUCUACAAUUUCACCUGGAGCCUUUAUUGGCCUGCACAAUCUUCUUCGACUUCAUCUCAAUUCAAAUAGACUACAGAUGAUCAACAGCAAGUGGUUUGAUGCUCUUCCGAAUCUAGAGAUUCUCAUGAUUGGGGAAAAUCCAAUCAUUCAAAUUAAAGACAUGAACUUUAAGCCUCUUAUCAAUCUUCGGAGUCUGGUUAUAGCUGGUAUAAACCUCACAGAAAUACCAGAUAAUGCCUUGGUGGGACUUGAAAACUUAGAAAGCAUCUCUUUUUAUGACAACAGGCUUAUUAAAGUGCCCCAUGUUGCUCUUCAAAAAGUUGUAAACCUCAAAUUUUUAGAUCUAAAUAAAAAUCCUAUUAAUAGAAUACGAAGGGGUGAUUUCAGCAAUAUGCUGCACUUAAAAGAGUUGGGAAUAAAUAAUAUGCCUGAGCUGAUUUCCAUCGACAGUCUUGCUGUGGAUAACUUGCCAGACUUAAGAAAAAUAGAAGCUACUAACAACCCCAGAUUGUCUUAUAUUCACCCUAAUGCGUUUUUCAGACUCCCCAAGCUGGAAUCACUCAUGCUGAAUAGCAAUGCCCUGAGCGCCCUCUACCAUGGUACCAUUGAGUCACUGCCAAACCUCAAGGAAAUCAGCAUACACAGCAACCCCAUCCGGUGUGACUGUGUCAUACGUUGGAUUAAUAUGAACAAGACCAACAUUCGAUUUAUGGAGCCGGAUUCUCUAUUUUGUGUGGACCCACCUGAGUUCCAAGGCCAGAAUGUCCGGCAAGUGCAUUUCAGAGACAUGAUGGAAAUUUGCCUCCCUCUUAUAGCUCCAGAGAGUUUUCCUUCUAAUUUGGAUGUAGAAGCUGAUAGCUAUGUCUCCCUUCACUGUCGAGCCACUGCAGAGCCACAGCCUGAAAUCUACUGGAUAACGCCUUCUGGUCAGAAGCUCUUGCCUAAUACCCUGACAGACAAGUUCUAUGUCCAUUCGGAAGGCACACUAGAUAUAAGCGGUGUCACUGCAAAAGAAGGGGGCCUGUACACUUGCAUAGCGACUAACCUAGUUGGAGCUGACUUGAAGUCUGUUAUGAUAAAAGUAGAUGGUUCUUUUGCCCAGGAUAAUAAUGGAUCUUUGAAUAUUAAAAUAAGAGAUAUUCGGGCCAAUUCAGUUCUGGUGUCUUGGAAAGCAAGUUCAAAAAUUCUCAAAUCCAGUGUUAAAUGGACUGCCUUUGUCAAGACAGAAAAUUUUCAUGCUGCCCAAAGUGCUCGAAUACCAGCGGAUGUCAAGGUGUAUAAUCUUACUCAUCUGAACCCAUCCACUGAGUAUAAAAUUUGUAUUGAUAUUCCCACCAUCUAUCAGAAAAUCAGAACACAAUGUGUAAACAUCACCACAAAAGCUUCGGACCCUGAUCAAAAAGGAUCUGAAAAGGGUAAUGCCACAAUAUUUAUGGCCUGCCUUGGAAGCCUUCUGGGGAUUAUCGGUGUGAUAUGUCUUUUCAUCUGCCUCUCUCAAGAAAUGAACUGUGAUGGUGGACAUAACUAUAUGAGGAAUUACUUACACAAACCAACGUUUGCAUUCAGUGAGCUUUAUCCUCCUCUGAUAAACCUCUGGGAGGUAGGCAAAGAAAAGAGUACAUCCUUGGAAGUGAAAGCAACUGUUAUAGGUGUGCCAACAAAUAUGUCCUAAAAAAACUAAAUCUACUUCAAAGAAAACUCAAUAUUGAAGUUGUGCUAAAAAAAAAUAGGAAGAAAAAUAUUACUUUCUAUAAAGAAGGUUAAGCUUCACCAAUGCUGCUCCUGACCAAUGGAAAUACAUACACGUUCAGCAUUUUAAUUAACUGGCUUCAAAGGGUACUGUGGCAACCAAAUAAUUCCAUUUUCUAGAACUUUCGUGUAACUUUUAUGUCUGGACUACAGUUAAAGUGGACAAAAAACAUUUCUGUAUUUUUUUUAAGUAUGUAAGAGUAGUUGAACUGAGCAAUACCUCCUCCUGUGUUGUAUUACACAUAUUAGCCACGAGUUUUUGCAGUGACCAGAUACAAUUAAUUGACACGUGGUGUAAUAAAAAGGACAAAUUCUGUAGAGUAGACACAGUGAGUAUGUGGACCUCUUUUAUAAGGAAAAA